CGGGCGGAAAGGGAGCGUGAAAUAGCGUCGGGGCAGGGCGGCAGGCCAGUUCCACAGAUCUGUGUGCAGCAAGCGAGUUGGAUUGACAGAUGGCUGGUUCGCCUCAGAAGCUCCUCCUGCUGUACGGCUGCUGCGGUAGGUCACACGUACAUUCACACAACACGUGCUUCAAGCACACGCAGACCAGGCGAGAGAGACCCAGCUGCCCGCAGGCGCCGCACCCGACUGUUGUUCUUUGAUUGUCCGAACUGUUCGUUCGUUCCUUUGUUCGUUCAGGUGAUGCGGCGAGUUACCUGUGCGCGGCGUUCCGCAAGCGGACGUGGCAAGUGGUCGGCUGUGACGUCAACAAGGUGUCGUGCAGCCCCGGCCCCGACCACUUCGUGCACGUGGAAGGCCCGCCGCUGCUGGAGCAGGGCGACAAGGUCACCAGCGACCUGCAGCCCAUCAUGAAGCAACUCGGGCGCACACACGUAAGACAGACACACGUGCAGAGAGAGGGAGAGGGAGGGAGGGAGGGAGGGAGGGAGGGGAAGGGAUUAGGUCCGUCUGUCGGUCUGCCUGUCUGUCUGGAUGGAUCGAUGUAUGGAUGUAUGUGUUGUGUGUGCGAUGCCAUGCAGUUCGACGCCAUUGUCAACCUGAGUGGAGGCUUUGCCCUCGGCGGCGCGGACAGUCCCUCAUUCCUCCACGACUCAUACCGAAUGGUACGUACGUACCUACUCGACGUGACGACACACAGACACACAGAGGAGUCACCUCUAGCCCUCUCUCUCCCUGUGUGUGUGUUGGUCGUGUUGUGUGAACAGGUGAGCAACACGGUGGGGACGUCAAUCAUUUGCGCCAAUCUGGCGACCAAGUUCCUCAAGCCCAGCGGCCUCAUGAUCCUUCCCGGGGCCCUCAUUGCCCUCAACGCAACACCCAAGAUGCUCGCAUACGGUUCGCACAGACGUACGCACACACACGAUCCAUGCAAGAAAUCGUCUCUCUGUGUGUGCAGGUGCGUCCAAGGCCUUCGUUCAUCAGAUGGUGCAGUCUCUGGCAGAGCCCGGCAGCGGCAUGCCGGCCAACUCGCGAGUGAUGGGCCUCCUGCCGUUGGUCCUCGACACCCCCACCAACCGCAAGACCAUGCCUGAGGCGGACAAGAGCAACUGGACUCCGCUGGAGGACCUGGCGCGACUGGUCACCGACGCGUGCGAGCAGCCGACCAGUGUGCAGAACGGAGGCCUCUACGGUCUCAAGACAGAGGGCGGCAAGACCAAAUGGACGGAGGUCAAUGUCAUCUAGAGAGGAGAGAGCUGGAGAGAGAGGGGGGGGGGAGAGAUGAGGUAUAUGCAUAUACACACAUACAUGCAUGCAUACAUCAUAUUUGAGAGGGUCUUUUUGGUCUGUUUGGUCUAGAGAGAUGCGUAGGGUCUUUUUGGUGCUUCCUACCUACCUUAUAUGAUAUCAAUUGUAUAUCCCGAUAUGUGGGUGUCAGUGCCUGCGGGUAGGAGAGGGCGGAUGCAUGAGUCUAGGCAGGCAGAGAACAGACCAAGAACAACCUGGAGAUGCCUACCUGGAGAUCCGUUUUAUGUAUGUGUGUCACGGCCUUUCUUUUGCAUCAACGCCGCGCUGCUCCAUGCGCACACAUCGGGCCUUUUGUACACGCCCCUCACGCCUGUUGCGUGUCCGAUCAAGUGGUCACGCGACACACGUGGAGGGUGGCUGUGGGAGAGGCCGACGUGAGCGGGGUGGGCAGGAGGCAACAAGCGGCGGUGUUAACAUGGGCUAUCUAUCAUGCGUCAUAAGGAUUGACCUUGUGCGAAAGAAAUGUCAUGCACCGGCUGUCGCUGUCUCACACACGCGGUGGCAACGGAGAAGUGUGAGGCGUGGUUGGCUCUCAUGUUUCUCCGUUGCCGCGGUGUGUGCAAGACAGCAGCAGACGGACGGCGGACUGUGACUGGCUGACUGAGUGUAAGACAGACAAUGCCUCGUGUGUCGUGUUUUCCACCAUGUCCUGCCCGCCUCAGUGCAUCACUUGGCUGCGGCACAGGUCAAUGCACAUUUCACAACACUGGAGUGUUGUGUGUGUGUUGCCGUGAUCGGCGGCCCCUGUGCGACGAGCGCGCGCGCGCGUGUGUUGCCGUGAUCGGCGGCCCCUGUGCGACGAGCGCUGAGGAAGACAGAAAGGAUAACACGUUUUUCUGUGAGCGUUGAUAUCUCUGCGUUGGUUUGUGUGCAUACAAUGGGAUGGAUGAGAGGAUUCUGUCGGCCCGAACAGACAAACAGCGUCUGUAUAAUGCGACUUCAGUCAUGCUCACGGUCAUAGAACAACACACCGGUCAGUUCCUUCCUCCCAGUCAGCACACACACACACACACACACGCUACUUUCACACACACCAGCACUAGCACAGUGUUGCAGAAAGGCGCCCUCGCAUCGAUCAGAGAGGCGUUCUCGUACAUUCAGCCAUCCAUUCAGCCGCCCCCUGUUGCUGUCUUGCCCUCACCGUGGCAACGGAGAAACAUGAGAACCAACCAAGCCUCACACUUCCCCGUUGCCACUCUCGAGGACAGACAACCACAGUCGGAGCACUACUUUCGUUUCGUUACACUCACACCAAGGUAGCAAGCAGACAAGCAGCCAUAGA